AGGGGAACUUGGCUCAAGUACUUUCCCGCGGCCGCGUCGCAACGGCAGCGCAUCGAGAUGCAGAUCUUCGUCAAAACCCUCACGGGCAAGACGAUCACGCUUGACGUGGAAGCAUCCGACACCAUCGACAAUGUGAAGGCCAAGAUCCAAGACAAGGAGGGCAUUCCUCCCGACCAGCAGCGAUUGAUCUUCGCUGGAAAGCAGUUGGAGGAUGGCCGCACCCUUUCAGACUACAACAUUCAGAAGGAGUCCACGUUGCACUUGGUGUUGCGUCUUCGCGGUGGUGUCAUUGAGCCUUCUUUGGCCGUGCUUGCCCGAAAGUUCAACUGCGAGAAGAUGAUUUGCCGCAAGUGCUAUGCUCGCCUCCAUGCUCGGGCCGUGAACUGCCGCAAGAAGAAGUGCGGCCACAGCAACCAGCUCCGCCCCAAGAAGAAGCUGAAGUAAGCGAAUCCUCUGGAGGCUGCAAGCUGUCCAUGGUCGGGCUGCUUUUGGCAGGUUCAAGUCGAGCCGAUGCGCGGACGCGGGGAGUGCUUAAGAGGAUGCUUAAA